CAGCUGGCACUAAGAAAAUCGUUUUCGUCAUUGUAUAGCAGGUUCUCGGCCUGAGUGAAAACCUCAGUGUUUCGUCGACUGACUCUGACUUGCAAAGAGGUUGACUAUAAAGGUUCCACAGAAAGUCCAAUACUUGGAAGAUGAAGGCUCACAUUGAAGACAACAUUAUCUACUCGCCAUACCCAGACAUCACCAUUCCUUUGUGUUCUUUCUACACUCUGGCGAAAAAAAAGUUGCUCGUGGAUCCAGACAAGAUUGCUCUGGUUAGCGAUGUCGCUACCCUUACAAGAGGUCAGUUGUUGGCUGGAAUGGAACGCUAUGCUGUAGGCAUGCAGCAGUAUGGAUUGCUUCCUGGAGACCGGAUAUGCAUUCACCUGAACAACGAAGCCCAGAACUUACUGGUCAUGUAUGGCUGUAUUCUUGCUGGAGCAACUAUUGUGCUGGCGAAGACUUCGCUUACGGAAGGGGAACUCCGCUACCAGGCCGAAGACAGUGAUUGCACGCAUAUCAUAACAGAAGAACAAUAUGCAGAGAAAACCAGGAAAGCAGUUUCAAACAUGAAAAUGAAGACCCUUUUCUGCAUGGGACGUGCAGCCGGCUUCGUGUCGGUGUCUGAGUUUAUGAAGCUUGAUGAGCAAGGAUUUAAUGAUUGCCCCGUGACUGACCCUUGCAACAGCGUGCUAGCCGUGUGCUACACAUCAGGAACCACAGGAAUGCCAAAGGGUGCUGAGAUAACGCACUACAACUACGUAGCCUGCUGCUACACAUCGUGGCAGUUCAAGCUCGAUGUAAGUAAGAAGCAAUCGUGCAAGAAAGUUGGUUGCAUGCCCCAGUGGGGAGAAGGAGACGUUUAUCUCGGCACGCUGCCAAUUACACAUCAGACCGGAUUGGUGUUCCCGAUGGCAGCUAUGUUGGGUGGAGCGUGUUGCGCCCUUGUGUCGGCUAAGUUGACCCCUCUGGAAAUCCUCGAUGCUGUCAAUAAGUACAAGGCGACGGCCGCUCUGUUCUUUUCGACUCACCUGCAAGGUUUGGUGCGUGAAAUACAAAGAACCGGACGAGGAACGCCCAGUAUGCGGGUGAUUGCCACAGGAGGGGCUCCUCUCUCGGCAUCCUUAGCCGAGGCAACGCGCGUAUCUUUCGCCGGUCUCGAGUGCCUGGUCAACAUGUACGGAAUGACAGAAUCCUGCGGCAUUGUCACGGGUCAACCAAAAACCGACGAUGUCAGCGCCACCGUUGAUGCAGGCGUUCCAGUCACUGGUGUUCAGAUUAAGGUUGUGGACGUGUACACUCGAAGAAAACUUGGCCCGCAUGAGACAGGAGAGAUUUGCUUCCGUUCACUGUCCAUGGUGAGGGGUUAUUACAAGCGACCGAAGGAAACUGCCCAGCUUUUUGACGAAGAAGGCUGGUGUAAGUCAGGUGACGCAGGCUACUACGACGAGAGUGGUCGGUUGUACAUUGUGGAGCGGCUAAAGCAGAUGAUCAAGUGCAUGGACAACCAAGUCGUCCCGACAGAGUUGGAAGAGCUGCUACUCCACCACCACGCAGACGAAAUUGAGGAAGUUUCCGUGGUUGGCGUUCCACACCCCGAUUUCGGCGAGGCACCUGCGGCUGCCAUCGUCCUUACGGAAAAAGGCAGGGCGCAGGACGGGCAUAUUCUCGCCGAGAAGAUGAAGGCCACUAUUUCCAGCAACCUCGCCGUCCACAAGCACUUGUAUGGGGGUGUUUAUUUCGUGGACUCGUUCCCGAAGACCGAGACGGCCAAAGUGAACCGAACAACGCUUGCUCGUUCUCUUCUAAAAGUGUAGAUACGCUCUUUUUAUUAGUGUUAAUAAAAUGUUUUGCGUUAUGAACGGUG